AACACAACCACUGAGCUGCUGGCUACAGUUGCUGGUGCCACUGGCCUCGUGAUCACUCUGGCUUUGAUCUUGAUCAUGACCUCGUCCACUGAACUCAUCAGACAAGCCUCCUAUGAGCUGUUCUGGUACACACACCACAUUUUCAUCAUCUUCUUUAUCGGGUUGGCUGUCCAUGGGGUCGGUCGGAUUGUUCGAGGGCAAACACCAGAAAGCCUGUUACAACACAAUGUCACCUUCUGCAGGGACCGUUAUACCAAGUGGCAGACUGGUACCUCCUGUCCUGUGCCUCAGUUUUCUGGCAAAGAACCUUCGGCUUGGAAAUGGAUUUUAGGACCUGUGGUCUUACAUGCAUGUGAGAGAAUCAUUCGAUUCUGGCGAUUUCAACAAGAAGUUGUCAUUACCAAGGUGGUGAGCCAUCCAUGUGGAGUCCUAGAACUUAACAUGAGGAAACGGAACUUCAAAAUGGCGCCGGGGCAGUAUGUCCUGAUACAGUGCCCAUCCAUAUCAUCUCUUGAGUGGCACCCAUUCACCCUCACCUCUGCUCCUCAGGAGGACUUCUUCAGUGUACACAUCCAGGCAGCAGGAGACUGGACAGGAGCUCUGUGCAAAGUCUUUGGGGCUGAGGGACCAAUCCCCAUGGAGUCUUGCAUCCUGCCAAGGCUGGCUGUGGACGGGCCAUACGGAUCUGCCCUGACCGACGUGUUUCAUUACACAGUCAGUGUGUGCAUCGCUGCAGGGAUUGGAGCGACACCCUUCGCCUCUCUUCUGAAAUCUCUUUGGUAUCAGUGUGAGUCAGAGGCCCAUACAGAGCUGAACAAGAUGUAUUUCUACUGGAUUUGCCGAGACCCAGGAGCUUUUGAAUGGUUUGCUGAUCUCUUGCUCUCUCUGGAAACACACUUGAGUGAGCAGGGGAAAGCCCACUUCCUGAGCUAUCACAUCUUUCUUACCAGCUGGGAUGAAAAUCAGGCAGCUUACAUAGCUCUACACUGGGAUGAAGGCACAGAUGUGAUUACAGGCUUGAGGCAGAAGACUUCCUAUGGAAGACCUAACUGGAACAAGGAGUUUCAGCAGAUUGCCUGCCAGCACCCCAGCAGCAACAUUGGUGUGUUCUUCUGUGGGCCCAAAGCUCUCUCAAAGACACUUCAAAGAAUGUGCCACUUGUAUUCCUCAGCUGACCGCAGGGGUGUCCACUUCUACUACAGCGACGAAAGCAUCUAG